GUGAGCCCGAUAUGGGGCCUGAACUCACAAACUGUGAGAUCAUGACCGGAGCCGAAGUCGGACUCUCAUCCGAUUGAACCACCCAGGUGCCCUAUAGGGUGGAUUCUAAGAACUGUUGAGUCCCCUGGUAUGUGUGUGUAAGAUCACAGCAGAUCUUCCUGGUGCUUUUUCAGGGCCCCUGCAGUAGCCUACAGUUUGAUCACCAUAAAGGAGUGUGCUUUCCGUCUCCUAACAUGUGUCAAAAUAUUUAAUAUCUGCCAGUCUGAUGGGUUAAAAUGGUAACUCAUAUGAGCCUCUCUGAUUUCCACUGAGGUUGGACGUCUGUUCUUGCCUGUUUCUAUGUAAAAGUUUCUACGUAACAAGUCACUCCUAAGUCGUUUAAAAUGACCAUCUUACUAUGACCCACAGUGCUGUGGAUUAGGAAUUUGGGCAGAGUGAUUCUUCAGCUGUGUGUGCCAUCCAUUGGGGUCACUUGUCGGUUUUCAGCUGGCACUGGGCCAAUCUGGGGACCACUUAACUCCUUCUGGCACACUGUGCUGGUCCCAGCGUUCGUAGGACAGCCAGAUUCAAGGGAGAGUGCACCCCCUCCGUGGGGAGUGUUAAAGUUACGUGGCAUCUGGAAUUGUCACGCUUCCCGUCCUUGUUCUGUUCACUCCCCUGUCGUGUUUCUCUUGGGCUGUGUGGGUCUAUAGGAGCAUCACUGAUGUCCCAGAUUUCUGGGGUGGGAACAAUUCUGGGUCUGGCCCUAGGAAGGGAUGGCUGAUGGCGUGUGGAUUAGAAAUCAGGAUCCAGUCACAGGCAGUGCCAACAGGGGUGGAGGAUGAGCCAAGGGUUCACGGUGGGGGGAAAGCCCCGGUGGUCUGUGGAUGGCUAACAGGAGGCCUGUUUGGCAGGAUGGAGUCAGCCUGGGGAGACAUGAACAUGGCUGGUGUGGCUGGCUCCUGGCCCUGGACACUUGGGAUACCAGGUUCCUCCUGCCUGGUGGCUCUGUCAGGAGGCUGUCAGAUUCUGAGUCACCUUGCCCUCACUGGACCAUCGAGUUGGGACGAAGAGGAGGGGCUGGGCAGGGAGGCUAACAUCUUUGGCCUUGUCUCAACACGGGGCAGGGAAAGAAGCGGAGCUGUCAGGAGUGAGAGUCACGGAGCUCCCAGCCCCUCUCUGCUUGGUUCUCCAGCCGUGCUGUCUUCUUGGUUGUCCAGCCACAGCCUGUGACCAUAGUGGUCUCUGGGCAUAUGUCCAUUAGAGUGAGGAAUUUGAGUUCCCGACCACAGAAAGGUGGGGUGACCCGUGCUUCUGGUCUGGGUGCUUCCACAGGAGAGUCGGGGAGAGGACGGAACCAUCUCUUGAUGUUGAAAACCAGUCCUCCUGGGCAGCACUGGUCCAGGAAGUCAAGGGUGUCCUCACCUGCCAGUGUGCCAGACUGUUGGGUACCUUAUCUGCUCAGGCAGGUCUGACCACAUUCCUGUGUCAUGAGGCCAUCCGAGUGACCUGCAUGGGUUCCUGCAGGGUGUCCAACAAGGCCAAUGAUGCAGCGUGGGUAGUGGAGGAGGGCUACUUCAACAGUGCGCUGUCGCUGGCUGACAAGGGAAGCCUGCCCGCUGGAGAGCACAACUUCCCCUUUCAGUUCCUGCUUCCUGCCACAGCGCCAACGUCCUUUGAAGGCCCUUUUGGGAAGAUUGUACACCAGGUGCGGGCCACCAUCGACACACCACGUUUUUCCAAGGAUCACCAGUGCAGCCGUGUGUUCUAUAUCUUGAGCCCCCUGAAUCUGAACAGCAUCCCUGACAUCGAGCAACCCAACGUGGCCUCCACCACCAAGAAGUUCUCCUACAAGCUGGUGAAGACGGGCAGCGUGGUCCUCACCGCCAGCACCGACCUCCGUGGCUACGUGGUGGGCCAGGUGCUGCGGCUGCAGGCUGACAUCGAGAACCAGUCAGGCAAGGACACCAGCCCUGUGGUAGCCAGUCUGCUGCAGAAAGUAUCCUACAAGGCCAAGCGCUGGAUCUAUGAUGUGCGGACCAUCGCAGAGGUAGAGGGUGCGGGUGUCAAGGCCUGGAGGCGGGCCCAGUGGCAAGAGCAGAUCCUGGUGCCCGCCCUGCCCCAGUCAGCCCUGCCAGGUUGCAGCCUUAUCCACGUGGACUACUACUUGCAGGUCUCCCUGAAGGUGCCUGAAGCCACCGUGACCCUUCCUGUCUUCAUCGGCAAUAUUGCUGUGAACCACGCCCCGCUGAGCCCCCGGCCAGGCCCAGGGCUGCCUCCUGGGGCCUCGAUCCCGGUGGUGCCCUCCGCACCGCCCCAGGAGGAGGCGGAGGCUGCGGCCAGCAGCCCCCACUUUGCAGACGCAGUCUCCCUCUCCACGAAGAGCCACUCACAACAGCAGUCACUACCUGCCACCUUCGGCUCUGUGCCUGCUGCCCCUGAGCCCCGCCCUCAGGAUGGCAGCCCUGCUCCCCACCCACUGCCCCCUCCCUUGUGCAUCUCUACAGGUGCCACUGUUCCCUACUUUGCAGAGGGUUCAGGAGGGCCAGUGCCCACCACCAGUACCUUGAUCCUGCCCCCAGAAUACAGCUCAUGGGGUUAUCCCUAUGAGGCCCCGCCAUCCUAUGAGCAGAGCUGUGGCGGUGCAGAUCCCAGCCUGACGCCCGGGAGCUGACCCUGUGCCGCCUUUUCCGGGUGGGCUGACCUCUGCCCUGGGACCGGGCGCCCAGGGCCUCGUGCCUUUGCUCCUGGCCUGGCCCGUCGCACUCAGGACCUGCUGCUGCCCGGCCGUUCCUCGCAGCCUCCGCCUCGGGAUCAGCCUCUCCCCGGGGACUGGGGCCUAGAGAGAUGGAGUGUAAAUAAAGCGCUUCAUUUGUA